CACCACGCGGAGCCGGGACCCGCCGGGACCCGCCGCUGCCGGUUGAUUGCAAAUGCAGAAGGAGCAUCAGAGCCUGUUACUGCACCAUAGGGGUUUAUGCUGAGUCACAGCUUUACAUCAUCAAGAUGUCCAGUGGAGCUAGCAACCUAGGACUACACCAAUGGGCUGCCUGAGGAUGUGUCGCACCUCGACCCGGCCAUCAUCUUGGGGGUGCCGGGAACCCGCCUCACCGUCCCCGUGCCACCCUGCCGGGCUCCGGACCUGACGCCUCCGUGCCCUCCUCUGGCAGGAUGGCCCAGGCAGGGGGACCCGUCCGCUUCCACCCCAAGGAGGGCUGUGCUGCCUCACCCCCACCAUUUACCCACGGGGUGGACCGGAGGCCCUGGCUGGCAGGGGGGAGCCCUGAAGCCGGGAGGCACAGCCCCCCGCGCUGCCUCACCCCCAACCUCAAUGCCGGCCGCCUCCACCUCCUGCGCAAGGGCCUGGCCCCCGAUGCCCGCCGUUGCCCCCUCGGCCUCUACAACAGCACCGGCUCCUUGGCCCGCAAGCCGGUGGAGGUGGCUCCCUUCGGCAACGGGAGCUGCCCGGGCGCGGGGCGCCUGACGGCCCCCAGCACCCCACGGCGGGGUCGGCCCAGCCCGGUGCUCUCCUCCCUGGGCAGCCGUAGCCCGCUGGUGGCAGCGGCCCCGGAGGGACACAGCUCUGUCGUCACCUUCCGCUUCAUCGAGAAGGCCAGCGUGCAGACCCUGGGCAGCCUGCCACCCCCCCAACCCUGCUGGGAGAAUGGCCCCCGCAGCCUCAGCCGCAGCCUGGAGCUUGGUGGGGAUGCGGGGUCCCCCCAGCCCCAGCCCCUGCCCCUGCCCCAGGAGCGGCUCCUGCGCACGCUGAAGCUGGAGGCCUCCGUGUCCGACCCGCUCCUGGCCAGUGGCAGGACCCCGGGAGGGACAUGUCCCUGCGGGAAGGAUCCCUGUGCCCUUGAUGCCGACUGCCUCUGCCGCUCCCUCAUCAAUGGGCUGCCAGAGGACUUCCCUGCCUUCACCAGAAGCCCCCUGAAGCCAGAACCCCGACCCCAGGGCAGCGCCUGGCCAUACCCCCGGCAGAGCUCAGCCCAUGCCCAGCGCAUUGCCAGGGCCAAAUGGGAAUUCUUCUACGGCUCCUCGGACACCCCAAAGACAGGAGCGUCUCCCCAGCGCUCCCUGGCGCAGCUCCCCACGGCUCUGAGUGCUCGGGGCUCCCUUGCAGGCUCCUCUGCCCCUGACUCCGCUCCCCUGGCCAAGCCCCCCCAGAAGCCUGUCCGCCUGCUGCCCACGGAGCCGCCAGGGUUGGUGCCCGAGCACAGCCUGAGCCACGUGGAGGUGGAGAUAGAGAUGUCUCCUCCGGGCAGCCAGAAGCCUGGCUCCUGCGAGACUGGGAUUAUAAGAAGGACAGUGAAGUACUCUGAGACUGACCUGGACACCGUGCCGCUGAGGUGCUAUCGCGAAACCAACAUCGACGACAUACUGGCUGAGAAGGAGGAGGUGGAUUCGGCGAUUGAGAGCCAGAAGGACAGUGAGAGCAAUCCAAGCUUCGGGGGCACACCGGGCAGGAGGAACAGCACACCGGAGGAGGCCCCCGCCCUGGGCACCAGCUUCCCGAAGGAUGGGCUGCGGGAUGGGGACAUGGAUGACGACGAUGAGGUGUUUGAGGCUACGAGGAAGGAGAACAGGGAAAGGAUCAUGGACCGAGACAUGCAGGGUAUGCUCAAGUCUCCAGUGCCCUUCCUCCUUGGGCACAGCCUCUCCAAGGAUGGCAUGGACUCUUUCAGCAAGCAUUUUGAGAGCAUCAUGGAGUCCCAUCGAGCCAAAGGCACAUCUUACACCAGCCUGGACUCCAUUGACGUCCUCUCCUCCCCAGCCCGCACCCAUGGGACCGUUUUCACUUUUGACCUCCCAACCCUCACCCCAGAAAUACAGGGACAGAUCCGAGACAGCGCCAAGCUGAUCGAGGAGAACUUUGCUCCUCUGGCUCACUUGGAGCCAGACUCUGGGACCAGUUCAGCCACAGAUGCCCCCUGGACUGAGAGGGAGGAGGAGCGGGGGAGACGAAGGAAGGGUGCUCGGCACAGCCCUUGCCACUCAGAGGACAGCUUUGGUACUCCCUUGGCCUCCUCCAACAUGAGUGACCACCCCCUGGGCCAGUUGGUUUCAGACUCGGACUCAGAGAUGGACAGCGUGGAGCAGCUGGCCCUGGGUAGCACGGACACCCUCUCCAAUGGGCACAAGGCUGACCUGGAGGCCGCCAAACGCCUGGCCAAGAGGCUCUACAACCUGGAUGGCUUUAAAAAAGCAGAUGUGGCCCGCCACUUGGGGAAGAAGUACGUCAACGAGUUCAGCAGGAUGGUGGCAGGGGAGUAUCUGAAGUUCUUCGUAUUCACGGGGAUGAGCCUGGACCAGGCUCUCAGGUUCUUUCUAAAGGAGCUGGCCUUGAUGGGAGAGACGCAAGAGCGAGAGCGAGUGCUGGCUCAUUUUUCCCAGCGCUAUUAUGAGUGUAAUCCCAAUGCCAUCUCUUCGGAGGAUGGAGCCCACACUCUCACCUGUGCUCUGAUGCUACUAAACACAGAUCUGCAUGGACACAACAUUGGGAAGAGAAUGUCCUGCUCCGACUUCAUUGGCAACUUGGAGGGACUCAAUGGAGGCACUGACUUCCCCAAGGAGCUGCUCAAGGCGCUGUACGGCUCCAUCAAGAAUGAGAAGCUGCAGUGGGCCAUAGAUGAGGAGGAGCUGAGAAAGUCCCUUUCGGAGCUGGCAGAUCCCAACCCGAAGUCCAUCAAGCGCAUCAGCAGCUGCAGUAACCCCUUUCUGGACUUUUCCCAAGAUUCCAGCAUCGCCACCUACAAGCAUGGACUGUUAGUGCGCAAGAUCCACGCUGAUCCAGACUGCAAGAAAACGCCCCGAGGGAAGCGCGGCUGGAAGCCCUUCCAUGCCAUCCUGAAGGGGAUGAUUCUCUACCUGCAGAAGGAGGAAUAUAAGCCAGGGAAGGCGCUGGUGGAAGAGGAGCUGAAGAACGCUAUUAGCAUCCACCAUUCGCUUGCCACACGGGCGUCUGACUACAGCAAGCGACCCAACGUCUUCUACCUCAGGACAGCUGACUGGAGGGUCUUCCUCUUCCAAGCACAGAACCCCGAACAGAUGCACUCGUGGAUCACGCGCAUCAAUGUGGUGGCAGCCAUGUUCUCCGCGCCCCCCUUCCCCGCAGCCAUCGGCUCCCAGAAGAAGUUUAGCCGCCCGCUGCUGCCCAGCUCCUGCACCAGGCUGUCCCAGGAGGAGCAGGUGAAGAGCCAUGAGACCAAGUUCAAGACAAUGUCAGCAGAGCUGCUAGAGCAUCGCUCCUCGCUGCCUGAGAAGAAGGUGAAAGGCAAGGAGUAUGAGGAGCUGAAGCAGAAGGAAGAGUACCUGGAGUUUGAGAAAUCCCGCUAUGGCACCUAUGCCAUGCUGCUGCGGGCCAAGCUGAAGGCUGGCUCUGAGGACCUGGCAGCAUUCGAGUCUACCCUCUUUGAUGCAGCGGGUGGGGAGGAUGAUGGCCUGAAAAAAUCCCGCUCCAGCCCCUCGCUCAACGUGGAGCCCUCUGGCACGGCCACCAAGGUGAAGCGCAAUGUCUCGGAGCGUGCUGGCCGCCAGCCCCCUGGCCACCCCCAGAAGUCAUAAGUGAGGGGCAUCAGCCACCCUUGCUGCAGCUCUGUUCCAGCCCCCCCCGGUGCCAGGGUGGAGGCCACGUGCCCGCCGAGACCCUGCAUGAGUCCAUCCGGCUGCAGCAUGAGCUGG